CUGUCAAGGCGAGACACACGUGUGGAAAUUUAGGGACUUCACCUUCUUGUGUUUAUUGUUGUAGUUGACAGUGGUCUCGUUCAGCCGAACAGGGUAGUGUUUUCACUGUGGCGCUAUUUGGCGAGGAACGUUAUGACUGAGCGUCUGCUGCUGAGAUGGCCAUUGACAGAGUCUAACAAACUUCACUAACUGACUUCGUCAACACCUUCUCACACCCAACAAAUGAUAAUUUGUCAACGUUGGACGUCAGUGACAGUGCUUGUCGAUCUUUGGAGUGAGGGAUUACAGUUUUCUAUGCACGAUCCACAAUGGCGGCUGAGGCGCCUGACACGUUCGGUGAGAUCGUCAUUGUGUAUGCAGAUGAUGGCAACGAAUGGGCCCUGUUCAUCCAGCGUAAACUUACCUCCCCGGAAUACAACAUCCGAACACAUGGUCAGGACUACAGCACUGUGAACAUACCUUCUCUCAAAAACUACAAGGUGCAAGUUGUGCUUAUCUCCCCUCAACUCCUAGAGGGCGCUGCAAGUAGUCAGUGGGACUUCGCACAGUUCGAUAAGUCCAGCACAGUCAUGGUUCUACUUGGACUGGAUGUUUUGGAAGUAAAAAACAUCCUGCAAGCCAAAAGUGAAUACAUAUUCCAAUGUAAUCACGAGACAAUCCACCAGAAUGAUCCGGGAACGUCACUCCGAAAUGCAUUGAUGGAGAUUAUCAAAGUGUACGAGCAGGAUGAAUUCAGUGAUGAAGAAGAUCCGUUUGAUACGGAUAGUAUAUACCAGUAUCCUCCAUCCCCAAGACAGAUCAAUCAAAUAUACAAGAUCAUUCCUAAAGCGCCAAAUUCGUCAUCGCCCGAGACACUGAUACUCUUGGAUCGUCCAUCUGAUACUGAUCUGACUGUGGAGCUACGAACGUCGCCACCGGUCAAGGUCACCGCACAGUUCAUUGACAAGGCAGUUUAUGCUGUUGAUAUCCCAGAGGGAACCAGAGGGACUAUACCAGUCAAAGUUUCAUGUCGAGAUCAAGUGCUAGGUGAAGACCGUGUGAAACUACAGACUAAAAUGGACCAAUUGUAUAGCUUGUUACAUGACAUUACAAACCCCAUGACCCUGAUGUGUCAGGCCCUGGGGUUGAACGGUGAUAACAAUGAGGCAUUAGAUUCAGCCAUGUCACAGCAACUGAAGAAAUGGUCCCCUCAGAAUAUUCAGAUGCUGCAGAUGUUUGAGGCUAGUGUCACUGAUGAGCGGAGCAGUCAUAAGUGGCCAACCAUUGCUCACUUUGCAGCAGAGUUCAACUUGGUAAAUAUGUGCACGGAGUUGCUGCGGUUUCCACACACGUUCAUGGUGAUGGCUUGCUGCAUGGAGAACUGUGAUGGCGACUAUCCAUGUGACAUUGCCGAGCGGAAGGGCUUCCAGCAUCUUGCUCAACUUCUUACAAGUGUUGUGGAGGAACACAACGUGGACAGUGGGAUCAUGGAACCAGAGUUACCUCCCCCUGCCCCUCAUAUGAAGGCAUUUCACUAUAUCAACCAAACUCCAGUGGAGGGAGUGUUGGACUUGGAAUCGCCAUAUAUGGACAUGACUGGUUUACAGAAAGUCCUCCCAGGAGAUAAGCCCUUUCCAUGUAAGAAGAGAACAAAAUCCAAAGGCAAACAGGAAGUUAAGAGGUCAGUGUCAGAAGGAGGGAAAAGGCUGUCCUUCAUGAACUUAGAAUCCUCUUCCAAUGGUGAAGACCAAAAAUCAGAUGCCCCCAAGCCACGUAUUCUACGUCCAGCCAGUGAGGGAUCAGCAGAAGAGGUGUCCAGUUCUCCUGAAGCCUUGACCGACUUCCUCAGCAGCUUCAAACCUCCUCCAUCUCUUCCACACAAGAAAGGCCCUACACCAACUGCUAAACCACAGGUAGCUGCCAAACCUCAACCCUCCCGAUCAGCAUCUCCGUCACUGUCCUCGUCCUCAUCAAUGUCCUCAUCAACGUCAUCUCGCCCUAGCUCUUACGUAAAGCCCCCUCUACCAAAGGGUCUGAAACCCGGGAGUUCGUCCAGUCCUAAGGCUUCAGAUGUGGAGUCAAGUCCAUCCGAGUCUCCGCAAGCAAGUCCAAGAGAAUCUUUCGUGAAAGGUGAAAAGUCGCUCGAGUCCACACCAGACGCAUUUGGUGAAGACUCCCAGCUGGUGUCGCAGCUGUAUGGGGACAUCCUGGCAUCGUCUGCCAAAUCAGGAAGUGGGACGCAGGGUGUCACACAUGAUCCCAGGGAUUUUGUGUUCUCUGAUGAUGAAGCAUCAGAUAUCAGGCUGGAAGGAUAUGAACAUCCUAGUGCUCUCAUAGGGGAUAUACACACAACAACUGAGCCAGCCAUGAGAGGAAGGACGACCCGAAGUAAGAUCUCAUCCUUCCUGAAACGUAUCGGUAUGAAAAAACAGUCCAGUUUGCAAGACCCUCAUAGGACGGACAAACAAAAUAAGAAAACACGGUUUUACGUGCGUCAGGCUCGUGGCAGCGACCCCGGUUUAUCAGGUAUUGGUUUUGACAAACUUCAGCUCGGAGCCCCAAAGAGCUACACUGUCCCACGUAAGAUGUCACUGCCAGCGGUGUUAGAACCCACAGAGGCCCGGGACAGUGGAAGCUACAGUGAAGAAGAGGAUGGCUCCACUGAUGCUGAGAAAAUAUCGUACAGAAGGAAGUCGGGUAAACAACCCUUGUCUCAAAAGUCUAGGCAGUCACUGGAGAGGAGAAAGUCAGUCCGUCUUUCACGUGCAAUGAACGAAAACAUCAGUGAUGCUCCCAGCAUGCCUCAGCAGCAAAAGGCAGGGAGAUUUCGUAACAUCCUGUCCUCGGCCCCUUCAUAGACACACCACAUUUCCUGCCAUGCAAAAGAAAACAACUUGCCUUAUUCUCACACAGUAGAAGACCCUCCAUGUUGACAGCGCUCUACAUAUAUACUGCAUAUAUCCUCACCGUGCUCACCGAAGACAAUCUAGUUAGUUUUAUACACAGCUUUAGAUCUCAUAACAUAGAUGUGAAUGCAUAUUUUGUAGCAUGUAAAAAGUCAUAUUUUCUUUGCAAGCAAAGCUUGGAUACACAAACAGGGUGUCGUUUUACAAAGCGAUCUUAGCACCAGGGUGAUCGUAACUCCCAUACCAAAACAUAGACUUAUGACAGUCGUAGCGCUAACGGCACCCAGAUCUUAGUGCUGUUGAUACGCUUUGUCCAUGCUAAAGUACUGGAGUUACGGAAGUUGUUCGGCUAAGAUCGCUUUAUGGAACGAGACUCGUGGAGCUUAACAUGUCGGAACAGGUUUGAGAGGCAUCUAAUGCAAAGUUUUCUAGUUGGAAUGAAAGUUUGUUUUGGUUUGUUAGUUGCUAUGGAGAUCUUAGUGCUCUCUCCACGCUAAGUCCAUGUUAAAGUUAUGAGUUAUGAUGUCGUUGGGCUAAGAUCGCUUUGUGUACCAUGAAUAACAAGCUCAACAUGUUGGGACAUGUUUGAGAAGCAUCUGAUGCGUAUUUUAAAAAAAAAAUUGUGUAUGGUUAAAAGGGAAGUUGUUUUGGUUUCUUAGUUGCUAUGGUGAUGCAGAUUGAACAACAUGUUUUGUUGUUUUUGUUGUUGUUUAUUGUGCGUUGUGCCCAUAUUUGGGUAAGCUCAUAUUACACAUCAAGAAUCAGGCUGGUAUCAAUGCAAUAUUAUAUUUAUGAACCAUAUUCAUCUCAAGUUUGUAUAAAUGAUUGUACAUAAAGAAUGACAAGGUUGAAUCCGUGUUGAAUGAGGAACAAGUCCUUUUAAUAUUGAAUGCAUUGAAUAUUAUUAAUCAUGAAUUGUCACACUGUGAUGAAUUAUGAAAAAGAAAACGCUUUUGUGCAGUAUUUUAAGAUUUGAAAUCUUUUGUACAUAUACCAUUAUUUUCACAUACCAUUUUCACGAUAUGUGUUUUUCGUCUCCUUGUACGUGUCUAAUGUGCUGUAGUUAGCUUACAGAGUUGCGUCCCUUAGGCGCGACAGAGUCACCUAUUGUCAUGGGUUUGAAUCCCAGAUUCGUUGAUCUAUGCAUCUGUGUCUGUCAGCCCUGUAUCCACUUGUUCCCCAAAGUGGUAAACGUUUAACACCUGCAACAUUUUGGACUUUCCUCCCAGAAACAAGCUGACACGCAGUGAUAUAUCUGAAGUACUUUUCAAAGUGACGUCAAACCAAACUCAUUCACUAUCCACAUACAGUUGGGUGGUCAGAAUGUUUCAUGUCCUGUUGACGUGUAUUUCAGUUACAUGAGGGGCCCAAGUGGCCCUGUCGUCUAAGAUGCCGCAGUGCAGAGUUGUGACCCUUAGCAGUGACAGGAUUCACUGAUCAGAGGUGCAAAUUUCAGAUCUGCCUUCAGCAAAUACCUUUAUGUUAACCCAUAUAACUGGACAUACAAUCAGAAAAUCAUAUUUCUUUGACUGACCUUGAACUCACAAACCACACCUCAGAGGGUCAUGAGUGAAAUAUUCCAGCAUGUCAGCUUGAUGUGGGAGGAAUCCCCGAAGUGAUGCAGGUCUCAGACAUUUACCACAUUGUUGAAACCCGGGUAUGGUGCUGACAAACCUAGAAACAUGAUCGGGGCAAACCGGGAUUCGAAUCCACAACUAAGGUUUCUGGCGUGCCAAGGGACGUUACUCUGCACAGCGAGUUGGUCUGGAAGGGCACGAGGGUAGCAGAGUGGACAGUUGGCUAACACUUCAGUCAAAGACUGGGUUUAAGUCUCACAUGGGUACUCAAAACAAGUUGUUUGUGAAGCUAUAUAUAGACGACCUGAGAGCUCAUAGUGAUUACCAUCGAUCAAAAUGUGUGCAAUUAUUUUUGUUACAAUUUAUUUGUAUUCAGUUCGUGUCAAACACCAUGAUGUAAAUAUGUACAUACUGCUCUCUGUGGCGUAGUGUUGAUAUUGUUGGAAGAUAUCUUGUUCCUGCUUCAGCGUUGUGUACUAUUGAUAUAGCAUAACAAAACCUUGUUAUAAAGCUUGUCAUUGCUGCAGUCAGAUAGACUCACAAAAGCUCAAUAAACAUAUCAUUGUAUGUAGUUUUGUUAUGUGGUUGAAAAGAAAAUGAUAAAACCAUUCUAUCUGGUAUUACAUUCCAUUUGAUAUUAUAUUUUGAUAAAACACAAAGGAUUCAUUUGGCAAUAUGUUUAUGCUCAUUAUGAAGUAAGUGUUUUGGGGUAGGGUGGAUGUAUUUAGAAAAGGCCUUAAUUUACUUUUAUCUGUAACAUUUCACUAAUUGAAGUGCCUUUGCAUGUGUUUGCGAGGGAUGCUACCGGUGGGGCGGUAGACGCUCUCCUUUUCACUAACACCUCUAUCAUCUCUUAUUGAUACUGAUUCAUAAACACAUGCUUUUGAUAUAGUUAGCGUCAUAGAAUAGACUCUGCUUUUAUACGAAAUUUCUUAUGAAUAUGGAAAGGGUUUUGUUGCUUAUAUUUUCAAGAAAUUGUUUCAAAGUCAGCGCGGAAGUGAUGCUUGUGCCCUUUUAAUUCACCAUAACUUUUGCUGCUGCUAUGCAAAGAAACUGAAACAAUAUGUUUUCAAUAAAAUGUAAAGUACUGGUAAAUGUCUGUAGUUGCACUCACAACAAGUGAACAACCCACACCUAUUGUUGGUACCAUUGUCUACUUAGAAUAUUUUUAUUCCAUUAUUUCGGCUGUUUCUAUGGUAACCAGUUAGUAAAUGUCAAAUAUACAAGAUAAUAAUUGACUCCGUGUUAUUCUAUAUAUCGUCCGAUUGUAAUUUUAUAUUUCACCAUAAUUUCAUUUUGAAUUGGUAAAGUACCAGCAUCUGAAGACACUAUCGUUUUCUUUUAGCCAUCAACUAAUUUAAUUAAUUUUACAAUAAAAUUUCUCCUUUUACAAAUCAUUAUUAAUUAACACCAUGCAGUGAUCACUGUUUUCGAUGGUAGAUCUUUAGCUGUGACUAGUGCCAUGAAUCUUUGAGCGAAUACAAAGAUUUGGUCAACUUCAUCACAAUUGUUACUCAUCCCGUCACCAAUGGCUCUUUAUUACUAGAGCAAAAGUUCAAGGAAAGUAGGAUAUUUAUUACAGUAAGGAAAGAUUAAUGCCCCACUCAGCUCCUUCCUUCACUGAUGCGUGAGUCACGUGUGCUGGGUUUCAGUUGAACGGAAAGAACAAUAGCAGUCGUGGGACUGGCGCUGUAUGAUUAUCAUUAUUAUUAUUAGCUUUAACCUAUUUCCCUUCCUUGAAGUCCAAAUAGUUAGACAGGUAGUAUAAACAUUGACUAUAGCUUUUUAUUUAAUUCCUUGUGCCAUUUUGAAAAUAUUCUAAUUUUAUAGGAUAGUUUAUAGGAAUUUCCUUUCAAUGAGGAUAAAUUGACUUCCACUGUUCAAUAUUUCCUCACUUAAUGAAUCAGGAUCUUGUAUUGGGGAAGUGUGAAUUUAUCAAAUCCAAGAUGAUGCAAGAUGAUGUGUUGCAGUUCAGACAUGGUUCAUAAAAGGAUGGGAAUUCAGUAAAAUUAAAAUCAGAUGUUUUGUGAUAAAACAACUCCUUGUGUGAAGAUCUGACAAAUCCUGAGGAAUGAGGUGACACUGUGGUAACAAUGUUGGCUCCACUGGAGCCUAUGAGGUGACACUGUGGUAACAAUUUUUGGUUAACUGUUACAUUGUUGGUUAACUGUUACAUUGUUAACUGUUACAUUGUGGUUAACUGUUACAUUGUUGGUUAACUGUUACAUCGUUUGUUAACUGUUACAUUGGUGGUUAACUGUUACAUUGGUGGUUAACUGUUACAUUGGUGGUUAACUGUUACAAUGUUAACUGUAACAUUGGUGGUUAACUGUUACAUUGGUGGUUAACUGUUACAUUGGUGGUUAACUGUUACAUUGUUUCCUGUUACAUUGGUGGUUAACUUUUACAUUGUUGGAAUGUAUUUUGUUCGUCUGUGAUAGUGAGUAAACGUCUUUUUGAUGAAAUGCCAGAUCUCUUUCAUUCUUUUGGGGUGUUCUUUGUGAAAAAGAGAGUAAAAUAUGUUGACCGAGUUGAAAUGAAGUAGAAGGCAGACCCCUUCUUUCUUAUAUUGCGUUUUGCAAUGGGUAUAUAAUGAAGGUGUCACUAUUGACCAACUUCACAAACCAGUUAUUACAAGUUCUUGCAGUUUUCUUGCAGCAAAAGCAUCUAAAGGGAUUUAUCAUAUUGUUUCAUGCAGAGUAAGAUAUUGAUAUGUUCAUGUUAAUAAAGGUGCUGUGCAGAGUUGUGUCCUAUAAGUGUGCCGGACACCUGUGAUCAUGGUUCAAAUCCCACACUCCUCCUGAUUAAGUUACUAGGUAUGUCAGCAUCGUUACCGUGCUCAUAGGUUUCCCCUAAGUGAUAAACAUCUGAGACACUGAGGCAUCACUUCAGGCUUUCCUCCCACAUCAAGCUGACAUACAUUGAUAUAACUGGACUAAUGUUCAAAGUGGCAUUAAGCCAAACUUACAUACUCCGAAUACCGAGAAUUUGUCACAAUACUGUCAUUUGAUGGGCUGCUUGUUUGAAAAAGAAUGGUAAUAUCACUUACCAUGAACGGUUGCUUCUAAUGAUAGUUAAGGACAACACAAAGAUUGAGUUAUGUUGAGUCUCUAACUAUUGUACUGUAUAGAUAAUCACUGAUAUUACAUAUCAUCCCAUCCCAGACCAUCAUUUGUCUGCUUGUCAACAUGGUUCAAUGUCUUCACAAGACCAUCCCAAACAGGCUGUGCGGUUUUGAGCAGUAAAUAGUAUGUGUUGCUUUUAUUGCUUGAUGUGAUUUGUUAACUAAAUGGGACGCAUGCAAUUUGAGAAGCUACAGUUUCAUGGGUUGGACCGUGGAUGUAAAAUCGGAGCUGGGAAUGUGAUGUAACUUUUUUUAGACGAGACCGAUUUGAUUUCUUGUUUUGUGCAAGUUCUUUGUCAGGGGAGUGUUUUUUCAGAAUCAUUGCCUUCAUUCAACGAUAGAUCACCAAAUCUUGAAUUUAUUUCUGUAACUAUGAUAUAUAUUAUUUGUUUUCGUUAAAUGAAGAGUAUUUUGUUGAUCAGAUGAAACUGAAGCUGCACAGUGGCGAUAGCAUGAAUACUUAAUCCUACUUAAACAAAAUGUUUAAUCAUCUCGCAUGAACUCAUGCAACCAAUUUUUCCC